CAGUGUCCCCACUUGAGACUUGAGAGUCCACUGCUGGUAAGGUAAACCGAUCGGAUUUGCGUCCUAGAUCAGUCCCACCUUCUCCUUUCUCCGGUUGCCAAGCCAUGGCCGCCUUCCCCUCCGUCGGGAGGCCCAGACGACCCUUCCUCCUGGCGGCGGCAGCGGCCGUAGCGGUGCUGCUUCACGCGCUCGCCCGCGGCGCCGACGCGCAGCUCUCGGCGGGGUUCUACUCGUCCAGCUGCCCCACCGUGCACGGCGUCGUCCGGCAGGUCAUGUCGCAGGCCGUCAUGAACGACACGCGCAGCGGCGCCGCCAUCCUCCGCCUCUUCUUCCACGACUGCUUCGUCAGUGGCUGCGACGCCUCGCUGCUGCUCGACGACACGCCCACCACGCCCGGCGAGAAGGGCGCCGGCCCCAACGCCGGCGGCUCCACCUUCGGCUUCGACGUCAUCGACAACAUCAAGACGCAGGUCGAGGCCGCCUGCCCCGGCGUCGUCUCCUGCGCCGACAUCCUCGCCCUCGCCACGCGCGACAGCGUCAACCUGCUCGGCGGGCCGAGCUGGGCGGUGCCGCUCGGCCGGCGUGACGCGACGGUCCCCAACCCGGCCGACGCGGCGAAGCUACCCGGCCCAGACUCCGACCUCGCCGGCCUCGUGGCCGCCUUCGCAGACAAGGGCCUGACGCCGCGCGACCUCACCGCGCUGUCGGGCGCGCACACGGUGGGCAUGGCGCGCUGCGUCCACUUCCGCACGCACGUCUACUGCGACGCCAACGUGAGCCCGGCGUUCGCGUCGCAGCAGCGCCAGGCGUGCCCGUCCUCGGGGGGCGACGCCAGCCUCGCGCCGCUCGACUCGCUCACCCCCAACGAGUUCGACAACGGCUACUACCGGGGACUCAUGACCGGCGCCGGCCUCAUGCGCUCCGACCAGGAGCUCUUCAACAACGGCCAGGUCGACUCGCUGGUGCGCCUCUACGGCACAAACCCGGCCGCCUUCUCCGCGGACUUCGCAGCGUCCAUGAUCAGGCUCGGGAACGUCGGCACGCUGACGGCGGCCAGCGGGGAGAUCAGGAUCGACUGCAGGAAGGUGAAUUCAUGAUUUCAUUACUACGUGUAUAGAAGAUCGUCACUUGUCAAUUCGUUGAAAUGGACAUAACAGUGAAUAGAAAUGUGUCGAGCAAUUAGUGAAUUGAUUGACUGAUUAUUA